AUGGCGCUAGGUAAAGAAACACAAACGUACCAUCACUAUACUGACGAAGAAGAAAUUCGAGCAUACAUAGGGAUAUUAUAUUAUAUCAGUGCCUGGAAAUCAAAUGGCAUGAAUACUCACGAUCUAUGGAGUAAUCACAAUGGAAUCAACUUUUACAGAUGUGUAAUGUCCAGAGCUCGUUUCAUGUUGUUAUCGUCGUGUUUGAGAUUCGAUGAUAAACAAACCAGAAACAAAGACGAUCGAUUUUCGCCUAUUCGCGCAAUAUGGGAGAUAUUUAUCAAGAAUUGCACGAGCUGUUAUCAGCCGAGUCGCAAUUGUACGUUGGAUGAAAUUUUACUUGGAUUUCGUGGGCGGUGUAAAUUCCGCAUGUAUAUAAAAUCAAAGCCAGAUAAAUACGGUUUGAAAAUUUUUGCUUUGAACGAUCCUACCACUUCAUACUUGAUCUAUGUUCUCCCUUAUCUAGGCAAAAUUCCAUUGAGCGAUAAACUGGAAAAUGAACAACUGACAGAAUAUUAUUUUCGAAAGUGCACAGUUCCAAUUUAUAACACACAUAGUGCCGUCACCUGCGACAAUUGGUUCACUUCUGUACCACUUCUACAACGUAUGAAAGAAGAGCCAUAUGGAUUGAAAAUCACCGACACGGUAAAGAAAAACAAGAAAGAAAUACCUGCCGAAUUCAAAGUAUCUGGCAAGUCUGUCCUAAGUGCUAAAUUCUGCCAUGCAAACGACUUGAUGCUCGUGUCUUACACUCCAAAAAAGAAUAAAAUAGUGCUGGUAAUUUCUUCUGAUAAAUGUACAGAUGCUACGAAUAAUGGAAAACCUGAAGUUAUUUUAGACUACAACAAGACAAAAGGAGGGACAGAUUGCUUCGAUUGGCUCUGCCAUUCGCAUACCGUUUGUGCUAAAACCAAUCGGUGGCCACUCAGAGUUUUUUUUGGUAUGCUUGACAUAGCAGCUGUUAAUGCACGUAUAUUACUGAAAUGUAAAUUGGUGAACAAUGGCGUCAAGAAAUCGAUAUCAGCUAAAGCAUGCUUAGACAAAUUGGUAAUGCAUCUCGUCACACCGCAUUUGGUACGUCGUUCCACGGAGCCUACACUCCGAAAUAGUUUACGAGCAGGAAUCAACACCAUUUUGAACAAAGACGUUCAGGUGCUUGACGAAGAAAGAGUCGAGUUACCGACCAGGAAAAGGUGCGGUCUUUGCAAGCGGGGAACUGACAGGAAGACCAAGUCACUUUGUCCAUCAUGUGAGAGACUGAUGUGCGAUGAUCAUCGAGCUUAUAUUUACACUGAUUGUGCCGGCCACGAAUAA